GUCCACUGUACACUUCUGUGCUUCUCUGCAGGACCUUCUGCGCUGUGCGGCCAGAGGGAGUACUACCUGGUAGACACAGUGAAGAAUGCAGAUCAAGCCAGAGAACACUGCAGAUCUCUCUACACAGACCUGGUGAGCAUCACAAGCCAAGACGUGCUCCUGGAUAUCGAACAGCUGAUGAACAAAGACACGUCCAAUAUCGACUACUGGAUAGGACUGAGGAGGGACGGUGGGUCUUGGGUCUGGGGAAACGGGGAAACUUUCAACUACAGCAACUGGGGAGACACAUGGAGCACUUCAAACUGUGUGACGCUCAAGACCGCUGAUUGGAAUUUUGGGAACUGGCAGGUGAACGACUGCAACGACAACAACAAGUUCAUCUGCUACAAAGAUCUACAGGACCCCACCACUGUUCAGCCUGACUCUCAGAGCUCUCCAACCACCCCGCCAUCUGCUUCCCAAACACAAUCCCAGCAGCCUUCCACAAUGGGCAGCACAGCUCCUCCAGCAGCAACGGAUCUACAGGACACCACCACUGUUCAGUCUGACUCUCAGAGCUCUCCAACCACCGGGCCAGCCACUUCCCAAACACCAGAUGAAGGAGAACAAUCCCAGCAGCCUUCCACGGUGGGCGGAACCUCUCCUCCAGCCAGCUCCCCUGGGCACUCUGGAACUUCACCUGCAUCAGAAGAUCUUAAACCCUCAAGCUCACCUUCUACACUGGUCUCUAAAGAUCCAAACACCUCAGAACCUCCUUCCACUCCAGGCUCUAAAGAUAAGACGGCAAUCGGAAGAGUCAAAUUUGCUGCACCAAUAGGAAUGAAUCUUGAAGACCCCAAAGUGAGCGAAGCCAUUUUAGAGCAGAUUCAGGAGCACCUCUCCCAGAAGUUUCCGAUGGAUGGCAUGAAGAUGCGCUGGAGAAAACAAGAUGGAGAGAUUUUCCACCAUGAUGUGGAAGAGGAGAAGGAGGAAGAUGAAGGGAAGUGCUCUGAUCUGUGAGAUACCCGGGUUUCGGGGCGUUUUGCCAAUGAUCUCUAUAUAAACAAAUCAUUAUUCAAAAUAUAUACACAAGAAACAGCUUUUAUUUCUCAAUAUUUAAUUUAUAAUUGGUGGAUGGGUAAAGGUAACUAGAUUCAGAGUGGGAAUAAGGGUUAAUUUAGGCUUUUGAGUGUGCAAUUUAAUUGUGUAUUAGCAACUACAACUAGAUUUUAAAUAAGGUGUAUUGAGGAUACAGCUCUGAUUUAUAUUGUGGAGAUGGGUGUAUUUCCAAUCAUUCCAGUAUAUACAGCAUUUGUUAUUUAUAAUAUGAUUCAUAAUAAGGCUUUUAAGGUUGUAUUUGAAUCAUUUAUUUUCUUUAAGGUGAUGGGUCUAAUUUUAAUUUAUAAUAAGUAAAAUAUAUAACAUUAGUUACUAGUGCAACUCUAAUUUAUAACAAGGAUUUAUGAUAAAGAUUUUUCCAAGUAGGUCAGUUUGCAAAAGGAUGAUCAGAAAAAUGCACAACUUGAAAGUUACUGUACAAUCCCAUAGGGGGCGACACAAACAAAUAUACGGGAGAGGCUGGAGACAGAAAUGAAUAAUGGAAUUAUUAAAACUGCAAACUUUAAGAAUACGACACCAGGUUUAAUUGCUUAUCAGACAAAGAGGGGUCAAGCGACCGGCAGGUAAAGACCAUCCUUAUUUGCACUUGAUUCUAAAGUGAAACGACAUCGACAGCUCUUGAGCUGAGCCUCUUUCACAAAUCACUCUGCAGAAGUUAUGAGCAGGAGCUGUAAGGGAAUCUGGGUAAGCAAGACUAGUUGCUUUAGUGCAGGGGUUGGUCUUUCCAGUUCAGGUCUUUGUUCCAACCUAAAUCACUGCCUGAAUCAAUGACCCUCCAGUACCGGAGCUGCCUAUCGCAGUGGAAGCAAUCCUGCAGUAUAGUUUAAGAGUGGUGGCGCCCCCUGUGGUCUUUAUAAUCAGCCUGCAUUUAAAAAGAAACACCAGCAGGUGGCGUGAAAGGACAGCAGUGUAUAGAUCCACUGAUGUUAAUUAACUCAAUGUUGCAUGACGGUAAACUGAUAAACAAAUUAGCUGUAUUAGUCAAAACGAAACCUAACUAAAUGAAUUGGGGAUAUUUCUUAUAAUUCAUACUCACUGGACAAAAGCUUGAAAUGAUAAUGCAUUGAAGGAGAGCCAUGCAGCAUCAUUAAAGUGAAAAUAAUCCAAAAAGCACAAUUCAUUAUAAACACUUUAAACCCUUGUUCUGUUCACAAACACAGUCAGGUGCGCCUGAUUCAAUGAGCAGUCUGCUGGAUGCAAUGAACAUGGGGUUACAUCACUAAGGCUAUAGUUAAGGGUUUGUGUGCUCUAUAUGAAUAUUACUAGGUAAUGACUAGUGAUACAACUUUUCUCGCUAUUCAUGCUCUGUAUUUUUUUUUGUGCAAUAUUUCAAUAAAGUUUUCUUUUCAAUAUGUGGCUGUGUUUGUUGAU